UGGACGCCGCCUGCUCCUUGCCCCCCUCUCCCUGGGAGGGGGUCUGGUCCUUUGCUGGCCGUCCUCCGCCGCCAUGGGCUCGGAAAUGGAGCCGCUGUUCCUGGCCUGGAGCUAUUUUAGGCGCAGGAAGUUCCAGCUCUGCGCUGAUCUGUGCACGCAGAUGCUGGAGAAGUCCCCUUAUGACCAGGCAGUUUGGAUUUUAAAGGCACGAGCACUAACUGAAAUGGUAUACGUAGAUGAAAUUGAUGUAGAUCAGGAAGGAAUUGCAGAAAUGAUGUUGGAUGAAAAUGCUAUUGCUCAAGUUCCACGCCCUGGAACAUCUUUGAAACUCCCUGGACCUAAUCAGACGGGAGGGCCUAGUCCAGCUGUCAGGCCAGUCACUCAAGCUGGAAGACCCAUUACAGGUUUCCUUAGACCCAGCACACAAAGUGCAAGGCCAGGCACUAUGGAGCAGGCCAUCAGAACACCCAGAACCACCUACACAGCUCGCCCCAUCACCAGCUCGUCUGGAAGAUUUGUCAGGCGGGGAACGGCUUCCAUGCUUACAAGUCCUGAUGGACCUUUUAUAAAUUUAUCUAGACUGAAUUUAACAAAAUAUGCCCAGAAACCUAAAUUGGCAAAGGCUUUGUUUGAAUAUAUCUUUCAUCAUGAAAAUGAUGUUAAGACUGCUUUGGAUUUGGCUGCCCUUUCUACAGAGCAUGCUCAGUAUAAGGACUGGUGGUGGAAAGUACAGAUUGGAAAAUGUUACUACAGGUUAGGAAUGUAUCGUGAAGCAGAAAAACAGUUUAAAUCAGCCCUGAAGCAGCAGGAAAUGGUAGAUACGUUUCUCUACUUGGCAAAAGUUUACAUUUCAUUGGAUCAGCCUCUGACUGCUUUAAAUCUUUUCAAACAAGGCUUAGAAAAGUUUCCAGGAGAAGUAACCCUACUUUGUGGAAUUGCCAGGAUCUAUGAGGAAAUGAACAAUAUUUCAUCAGCAUCCGAUUACUACAAAGAAGUUUUGAAACAGGACAAUACUCACGUGGAAGCCAUUGCAUGCAUUGGAAGCAACCACUUUUAUUCUGAUCAGCCAGAAAUAGCUCUCCGGUUUUACAGGCGCCUUCUGCAGAUGGGUGUUUAUAACUGCCAGCUUUUUAACAAUCUGGGGCUCUGUUGCUUCUAUGCCCAGCAGUAUGAUAUGACUCUGACCUCGUUUGAACGUGCCCUGUCUCUGACUGAGAAUGAAGAAGAGGCCGCUGAUGUCUGGUACAACUUGGGACACGUAGCUGUGGGAAUAGGAGAUACAAAUUUGGCCCAUCAGUGCUUCAGGCUGGCUCUGGUCAACAACAAUAACCAUGCCGAGGCCUACAACAACCUGGCUGUGCUGGAGAUGCAGAAGGGCCAUGUUGAACAGGCAAGGGCACUGUUACAAACUGCGUCAUCUUUAGCCCCCCAUAUGUACGAGCCGCAUUUUAAUUUUGCAGUAGUCUCUGAUAAGAUUGGGGAUCUACAGAGAAGCUAUGUUGCUGCUCAGAAGUCUGAAGCAGCAUUUCCAGAUCAUGUGGAUACCCAACAUUUAAUUAAACAGUUAAAGCAGCAUUUUGCCAUGCUCUGAAUGUUCCUUGGACCAAAUAUAUUCUAAUGCGGGGACAUUAUAUGAAGGAAAAAGUAGUGUGUGUAUAUAUAUGUAUAUAUAUAUAUGUAAUACAAACCUGUGCUUGAUAUUAGUGAAGAUGACAUAAGAGAAUUUAAACCAGAAUGUAUAAUGAAUUCUUGAUAAUAAUAGUAAUUUUGUAAGAUAAUAUUAUAAAAUACAAGAUUUAAGCGUUUGUAAGUAGAUCAUGAAACCUUCUCCCACAUUGUAUGCUAAAGGUUUGCUUAUAAUAUUUACAAAACAUUUUCAUGAAUUUCCUCAAAUAUUUAUAAAUGCACAGCUUUAAUGUCCUUAAGGUGGCUGUUAGCUAUCAUGUACUUAAGAGGUCUGACAUCUGCCUUUAAAACUGCACUUUUGUGGUUAAAAGUGUAUAUAUUUUUCCUAAGUAGAGACUUUAUUUAGAGCUUAAAAAUUGUAUUUAAAAU